GCCGUAAGAGCAGCUGCCGCAGCCCCUUCCCGCUGCCCUCGCCCUCCUCCCGCCGCCGCCCUCCUCCCGGCUCUCUCCUCUUCCUCCUCCUCCUCCCCUCCCCCGCCCCGCUCCCUCCGCCCGCCCCGCAGACCCGCGCACCGCCCGCCCUCCCUCCUCCCGCUCCCCUCGUCCCGUCCCCCUCCCCCUGAGGGAAACGCGCCCCCCGGGCGGGCCCAGUCACCUCGACAGUUUGAUUUCCUCCCAGCGACCAAAGAUUUGACCACUGACUAAGCCUGACAACUGAACACAAGAUGGACACCGGUGUUAUCGAAGGAGGUUUAAAUGUCACACUUACCAUUCGCCUACUUAUGCAUGGGAAGGAGGUUGGAAGCAUCAUCGGAAAGAAAGGAGAAUCUGUAAAGAAGAUGCGUGAAGAGAGUGGUGCUCGCAUUAACAUCUCAGAAGGGAAUUGCCCAGAACGGAUUAUCACUCUUGCUGGACCCACUAAUGCCAUCUUUAAAGCAUUUGCAAUGAUCAUUGACAAACUGGAAGAGGACAUCAGCAGCUCAAUGACCAACAGCACGGCUUCAAGCAGGCCCCCUGUUACUCUGAGACUUGUAGUACCUGCCAGCCAAUGUGGCUCUCUUAUUGGGAAAGGAGGCUGCAAGAUCAAGGAGAUAAGAGAGAGCACAGGGGCACAGGUCCAAGUGGCAGGAGACAUGUUACCCAACUCUACUGAAAGAGCAAUCACCAUCGCUGGGAUUCCUCAGUCCAUCAUUGAAUGCGUCAAACAGAUUUGUGUGGUCAUGCUGGAGUCUCCCCCCAAGGGCGUCACCAUCCCUUACCGACCUAAGCCAUCCAGUUCUCCUGUCAUCUUUGCAGGCGGUCAGGACAGGUACAGCAGCGGCAGUGCAAGCUACCCCCACACCGCCCCAUCAAUGUGCCUCAACUCUGACCUGGAGGGACCACCUCAAGAGGCCUAUACCAUUCAAGGACAGUAUGCCAUUCCACAGCCAGAUCUGACCAAGCUGCACCAGUUGGCAAUGCAACAGUCACACUUUCCAAUGUCUCAUGGCAACACUGGAUUCAGUGGCGUUGAAUCCAGCUCUCCAGAUGAGAAAGGCUAUUGGGCAGGUCUGGAUGCAUCGGCUCAAACUACUUCUCAUGAACUCACCAUUCCAAAUGAUUUGAUUGGCUGUAUCAUUGGGCGUCAAGGCGCCAAGAUCAACGAGAUUCGCCAGAUGUCUGGGGCGCAGAUCAAAAUUGCCAAUCCAGUGGAAGGAUCUACUGACAGGCAGGUUACCAUAACUGGAUCUGCAGCCAGCAUUAGCCUGGCUCAAUAUCUAAUUAAUGUCAGUUUAGAAAGCGCUAAACCCUCCUCCCAGGCAGCCUCCGUCACGAUCCCCGACCACCUCAGCAUCAACCUCUCUCAACCCUCCACCCCUUCUUCUUCUUCCUCCUCCACCACCACCCCCUCGCUUGCGACAGCAGGGGUCUCCGACGCACCCUCCAGUCUCCCCAACCCUCUUCCGACCGCCCCCUGUGUCUCCAGUCUGCUUGGCAUGAAACCCGUCCCUCUCCUGGCUCUAAAUGUUGUGUCUGCUGCUAAGGGUGCCUCCACCACCUCAGCUGUGCCAUGUGUUACUAACAAACUGAAAACGGAAAAACAGAGAUUCUCUCCCUACUGAGUAUCUGCUUGUGGCCUUAGAGGAACAGCAGAAUUUUUUUCAGCAAUGUGGGGAAUCCUGUAGAGGAGACUUGGAAGAGAUUUUUUUUAAACUUCAAAGCAAAGUGAGCUUGUGAUUCCUUUAGAAUGGAGUUUCUUUUUGCUGGCGACCGCUACUAGGUCAAAGACAAUUGAGCAAGUGUAUUAAUAAGAUUUCAAGUCCAAUAGUGAUCUUGAUUAUGUAGCUUGUAGUAGUUUUACUUUUAGUAGUUUUGUUUGCAUUGUUACCUGGAAUAAGGUGGGUGGGGAGGGAGUGAGCGGGCUGGGAAUUAUGCUAGCGUCUGUUAACAAAAGUACUCAUUUGCAAUUCCUUGCUUUAAGCUGUGCAAAGAGGCUACUUUGGCCAACCCUGUCUCAAUGUCUGUCUUUGUAAUAAAGUUGUCACAGUGGAAACGUACACAGAUGUGCCUGAAUUGGGACUGAACUCUGUGGCCACAAGCUGGUUUAAGUGAUCACAUUGCACCCCCAGGCUAAAGGCUUUCAGUACAUACUCAACCAUUGCACUACAACGGCCUUCACUGACUUGGCGUCCUGUGUAUUGAUUUGGACUACUACACUUGGGCAUUGGCUUUGCUGGCUAAUGGGGCGUAGUAGUCUGAAAUAUCUGCAUAGCACCAGGCUAGGCUAACAUACAACAUUGAUUACAUAUAGAAACCAUAUUCUUUGGAGGUUCUGAUGCUUAAUAGAUUUGAUUUUACCUACUGCCCUGCUUUCACGUAUCUUGCCACUUUUCCAUGAAACCUGUUGCCCAGCCAGCCUUGUAAUUCAUUCACUCAGUAGAACUACAAUAUAUUCUCUGCAGCCACAUCAUUUCCUUUGUAUAGCUUAUGGCAGAUGUGCAAAGUCUGGUUCAGACAUCUGGCUUUCUCCACAUUGAAGACCGUUUUGUCCACUGAGGAGGUGACUGCAUCUGGAGCAGUGGACACCUUGCAAUGAACAGUUGGAAUAAUGCUUCAGGUGCCCCACUUUUAAAGUGUAUUUCUAAAUGUCAAUGUCAGGCGCUUAGCCCUUAAAGUGAGUAGUUCAGUAGCCUAGCACUGUUGUUAAAAACGCUUGUCUAUUGAUGGCAGUAUUGGCCUUUGACUAGUGUCAGGAACAUCUUAACAGAUGCUCCUUGGGGCAUGAAAUCGGUAUUGAAAAACAGUCAGCUGCAAUGUCUGGCCAGCUGGCUUCAGUCAUUCUUAUUUUUCUUAUUCUUUGAGGCCAGCAGCUGCUCGUUUUCUUCACUAAGGGCUCAUUGGAAGCUGAUUGGACUAUUGUGCAGACAAAAGGGAUAUGCAGCAAGAUGACAUGCUGCUGCCUUUAAGCAAUGGCGUUCAUGUGUUCGUUCUUUUGUCUGAACAUGAAUACACAUGAUCUUUAGCCUGGGGUUGCUGCACAAACAUUGUCCAUGUACUUAUACUUUUUGAGCAGCCUCCUGUGUUUAUAAACUUUCACAUACUGAGGCAACAUUGAGCAAGAACGGUGAUGAUGGGACUGCUAAGAUGCUAAGUGUUUAUCCUUUGUAAUUUUAAAAAGUUGCUGGAACAUGUUUAAAAAAGCUGAUGGCUGGCGUCUAUACAAUGUCACUCUUUGCAAUUCAGGGAGAUGGGGGUCCUGUUGUGAGGGAGGGGGAGACCCGUAACUGGCUGACUUACACAGCUUUGUCAAACUCUUUUUCCUAAAUAGCAGGAGUCUUUUAAAAUACUUGUUUCUGCAGUUUGACUUUCACAAUUGUAACUUUUUUUUUAAAAAAACUGUUCUGCUCUGUAGUGUAACCACAUUAAGUAAAAAUUGUCCACUCUUAACCAA